AUGGCUGAGGGAAUGAGUAGAAUAAAUGAUUACAAAAGGAAAUAUGAAAGUAGGAGACGCCUACCCAACAAGACCUGUGACCCCAGUUUAAGGAUAAUCCCAAUUUCUGUGUCCAUCAUCAGCACUGAAGUGAAAGAAAACAGGAUGAACGUGACCGAUUUAAUUCUAAUAGGACUUACACAGAAUCCUCAGUUGCAGAGAAUUCUAGUUGUUGUUUUGUUUAUCACCUACAUUGUCACUGUCUCAGGAAACCUGCUCAUUGUGGUCACCAUAAUCUGCAGUCAGACAUUGAAAUCCCCAGUGUAUUUCUUCCUGGCCUUCUUAUCUUUGAUAGAUGCCUGCUACUCCUCUUCCAUAAUCCCUAAAAUGCUAGUUGACUUGCUCUCUGAGACAAAAACCAUCUCCUUCAAUGGCUGCAUGACACAGAUCUUUACUGAACAUUUCUUAGGUGGUUCUGAGGUUGCCCUCCUUGUGGUCAUGGCCUAUGACCGUUAUGUGGCCAUCUGUAGACCUCUGCACUAUGUGACCAUCAUGAACCACAAUGUAUGCUGCCUUUUAGUGGGGGUAUCUUGGACAGUGGGUUUUUUCCACUCUAUUGGACAGAUUCUUGUCACUUUCUGGCUCCCAUUCUGUGGCCCCAACAUCAUGGAUCACUUCAUGUGUGACGUCUUUCCUCUGUUACAACUUGCCUGCACAGACACUUUCCUUGUUGGUCUCUUAGUUGCUACCAAUGUUGGGGUUAUCUGUGGAAUAUCCUUUGUAAUGUUGUCGACAUCCUAUGUUGUCAUCCUCUGCUCCUUGAGGACUCAGAGCUCUGCAGGGAGGAAAAAGGCCCUCUCUACCUGUGGUUCCCACAUCACUGUUGUUGUCUUGUUCUUUGUGCCCUGUAUUUUUAUAUAUAUGCGACCAGUAGCCACCUUCUGCAUGGAUAAAGCCAUAACUGUAUUCUAUACUCUUGUCACUCCCAUGUUAAACCCCAUUAUCUACACAGUAAGGAAUGCAGAAGUAAAAAAUGCCAUCAAAAUGUUAUUGAAAAGAAAUGUAAUUUCAGAUAAUAAAUGACCCAAUAUGAAGAUUUUAUUUCUAUCCUGAUCUUUACAUUUCUGUUUUAUGUUACAUACAUACAUGUGUACAAAUGUAUAUGUUUUUGUGUGUGUAUAUAUAUGUAGCUCUUUCUCACAUAUAUCACUUAACUUCCAUAGAACCUUUGCCCAAGAAUGGCAUGGAGGUGGUGUCUGACCUCCUCUAUCUUCACAAGGAGGAAGAAGAAUCAAAAUUAGCAACCCAAGCCUGAUUCUUUGCGGAAGUCAUACAUGCCUCCUCUCUCCACCAUCUUUACUAAUUCUGACACCAGCUGCCCCUCCUAUGGCACUCUCUACUUCUCUGCUAGGU